ACAAAGUGUCAUCGCAGGGAAAACUGACACAGUUGAGGGAGGACCUCAUAGCAGCUUCAUACAGCUUCCUCACAAAGGGAAAUUGAGGGACAGACCCUGAUCUCUCUGGUGACCAGUGGCAGGACCCUAAGGAAUGGCAUGRAACUGUCAGGGGAGGUUUAGGUUGUAKAUUAGGGAAAGGUUCUUCCCCCAGAGACUGGUUGGGCAUUGGAACAGGCUCCCUGGGAAAAUGGUGAGCACUAAGCCUGACAGUUCARGAAGCAUUUGGACAAUGCUGUCAGGCACAGGAUGUGAUUCUUGGGGCAGGGCCAGGAGUUGGACUUCAGUGGUCCUUGUGGGUAGCUACUAACUCAGGAUAMAGUAUGAUACAUGGAGAUAAUUAAUUUACUUAAUUCCUAAUUUAAAAAAAAAUAGAAAAGACUGGUGAGAAAAAAAGAUUGCAACUAAAACACCUUCCUACCUUCCCCUUCAUUCCCAGGCUCAACCUCCUCUGCCCSCAAGCACUGUAGAAAGAUGAGGGAUGGGGGUUGUAGACAGGACAUAACAGCUCCUCUCUGUUGCUCCUUCCUCCUCACACUCCUUUCYUCCUCUGGCAUGGGGGACCUGACAUGGGACACAGCAGGAUGCAGUCCUUCAUGAGGUGUUGCAGGAGUGUCCCUACCUCAUGCUGCAGUUGCUCAUGACCUGCUGCAGCAUGAAUCUCCUUCAUGGGCUACAGGCCUUCAGGAUAAAACUGAUCCAGUGUGGGCUCCUCUGCAUGGGUUGCAGGGCCCUUCUGGGAAUCUCCACCUACUUUGGCAUGGAGCCCCCAAGGGCUGCAGGUGGGUGUCUGCUCCACCAUGGUCCUUCACAGCAUGUGUGGGCACAGCGUGCCUCACCAUGAUCUUCAAUGGACUCUCCACUUYGACACUUGGAGCGCCUCCUCCCCUCCUUCUCCUUUUGUUGUUGUCUGCAAGGCCAUGUCUUACACUUUUCCCCCCACUUACUCCUCUUUCUCACCCACAGCUGUGCAGCCUUUCCUGUUCUUCCUUAAAAUACCUUUUCCAGAGUCACCACUAUCUCGGCUUGAGGGGCUCAGAAUGUGCCCUGGGGUGAAUCUAUUGGAACUGGCUGCACUCAGCAUUGCACAGCCCUAGCAUCCUCUCAGAGGCUGCCCUGAAACCCCUGCCAGUAGCAGCUGGACUCAGAGGCUUACUACACUAAAAUACUGCUGUAACAAGACUUGAAAACUAGUUUAAAUCAUUUUUGGAGGAGAUGCUUCUGAAAUUUUAUGUAAUCAAUAUCUGGUUUUUAGUUUGUUAAUGGUUAAAUUGCAGUGGUACUCCAGCUCUUCAGAAUUUAUCAGUUACCCUACAGUUAUAAAUGCUUGCAGAAAUGGAUUUUGGGAAUUUGUGCCAUCUGUUUCUACAGUAUUUAGAUCAAAGAUAAAUCUCCAUUUCUUUUUAUAUAUGCAGGUGGUUAUUCGAAGGCUUCCUCCUUGUCUAACCAAGGAGCAACUGGAGGAACAGCUGCAUCCUCUACCUGCCCAUGAUUAUUUUGAGUUUUGCACUGCUGAUCCCAGCCUUUAUCCUCAUCUCUACUCAAGAGCAUACAUUAAUUUUAGAAAUCCUGAGGACAUCCUACUUUUUAGAGAUCGCUUUGAUGGCUAUGUCUUCAUUGAUAGUAAAGGUUUGGAGUAUCCUGCAGUGGUUGAAUUUGCUCCAUUCCAGAAGAUUUCAAAAAAGAAGCUGAAGAAGAAAGAUGCCAAAGCCGGGAGCAUUGAAGAUGAUCCAGAAUAUAGGAGAUUUUUAGAGAGUUAUUGUGCUGAUGAGGAGAAGAUCUGUGCCAAUCCUGAGAUUCUUUUGGGAGAGAUUGAGGCCAAAACAAGGGAACUCAUUGCUAGAAGAACAACACCCCUUUUGGAAUAUAUUAAAAAUAGAAAAUUAGAAAAGCAGAGAAUACGAGAAGAGAAAAGAGAAGAACGAAGGCGGAGAGAAUUGGAGAAAAAGCGUUUGCGGGAGGAAGAGAAAAGGAAGCGCCGAGAAGAAGAAAGACGUAAAAGAAAAGAAGUGGAGAAGCAAAAGAAAAUAUCUGAAAAAGAAAUAAGGAUCAAGCUUCUCAAGAAACCUGAAAAAGGAGAUGAGCUGGCCAGCGAAAAGCACAAAGAAAAAGGUGAAGAAGCUGACAUUGAGGAAAACAAAUGGGAUAAAUCACCWGGAUCUGGGAGUAUAAAAUCCAAAUCCUUGGACAGUUCACUAAAAGAACUUAAGGAAAAAUCACAAAAUGAUAGUGACAAAGACCAAAGAGAUUUGGAGAGAAGAUUUCGAGAAAAAGAACCUGAAAGACAAAGGAUCGUCCAGCCAUGCAGUUAUACCAGCCAGGAGCUCGCAUMCGAACACAUAUGGGACCUACAAGUAAAACCUAUGACUGCACUGGGAAAUCCUUUGAAGAUGCUCUUGAGAAAAAGUAUGAGGCAGAUAAUUCAGCUGGAGCUGGUUCUGAAAAGACUGAAGAAGCAGAAUAAAACAAUCUGGGGGAAAAGACUUGUGAAAAGGAAUGAAUGUAAGAUUCAGUGUCAUCACAAAAAAUCCAUUGGGCUGUUUCAAAACUCCACAGGCAAUUAUAUCAACAAAAUUAUAAUAGCUCUGCCUCUUACUCUCUGUGAAAUAAAGGGAAGAGUGACUGGAGGUGUAUAAAAUAUCUCACAGCAAAGGAAUAUUGUUGCUUUUUUACAAAAAACAGCACAAACGCUCUUUGCCUAAUUUAAAAGCAGUUCAAGUAUUUUAUUAGAUUUAUCUUGAAAUAGAAGACCUCUAACAAUUUUAAGGGAAUAUUUAUAUAAGACUUUACAGGGGCUAUUUCAUCUUUUUGAGUCUAAAUAAAUGAAAUGUAAGUUUACAUCAGUUUGAAAUCUGAGGCACUUUACAUGUAUUUGGUGCAUGACAUGAGGGUCACAGGACCCCUUCCUGCAAAUGGCCACAGUAGCAGCUGCUGCAGGGAAUUGCAGCUGGAGCAGCCCUGGGAGGAAGCUCUGGAGCCAGUGGUGUUUGCAGGAUGAGGCCCACAGUUUGCACAGUUGUGAGAAAUGUCCAUUGGUAUCUGGUACCUCGUUGUGUUUACGUUGGUAUUAAACUAACCAUAGCAUCUGAUAAGUGUUAGUAAAGCUACAAGUAUGUUGUUGGAGAGUUGGUCAUUUUCUGAGCCUCUUUUGCCUYUUAUGUUUUAAUAGAUUCCUCGUGCUUAAAACAGAAGACAGCUAAUGCAAACGUCAGCACAUUAACAAUAAAUCUAGCUUUAAUGAAUUAGCUAGUUUUUAUUGUUCUGACACUGACUUUUGGGGAAAAAAGURGUUGUACAGUGAUGACUUUUUAUAUGCUAAUGUUUCAUGUAAGUUGCAGUAACAGGAUUUGGAAAAUGUAAGAUACAUCAACAUUCUGCUGUUUUAUUUGUUAAAAAAUUAAACACACAUGAAUGUCAAUUGCAAACCACCAUUUUGUAAGAUCUAGGCCAAAUUCUGCCCUCUAAGGCUGGCACAUAUACACAUACAUAUAUGUGUAUGUGUGUGUGUAUUUUCUGUUUGUUUCAAUGACAGCCAAGUGUUUAUGAAAGGGCAGGAUWUGUUCAUUUAUCUUUCAUGGCUGCAA